AUGUCAGUGCAUGAAGCGAGCGAACCAUGUUGGAUUAAAGCAACAGGUCAAGUAUACGAUAAUUUAACUAAUUUUCUUUGUCAGUUUCAAAAUAUGAUCAUAUCCAUUAUUAAUACGCAACGGUAUAAUCCAAAUUUCCAUUUCAAUAAUUUUUUAAUUAUUUCUGAACGUAUAAGCCAAUUACAACAUGCACUCAAUUGUGAUCCAUAUUCAAUUGAUAUGAAUUAUGUUAGUCAGUUUUUGAGUGAAUUAAGUAUGUUUACGUAUGAAUUGGGCGAAAGACAGAAUGAGAGUAUAAAUAAUGAUUUACAUGUUCAACAGGUAAAUUUAUUUUUAAAACUGACUAAUAAGUUUGAAGAUGCUAUGAAAAUUAUGUAUUCACAACAGAUUAUGCAACAACAAGGACGAACUGUUUGUGAUAAUGAUGGUAGUUUGUAUUUCUCUUCAUUUGGGGCUCCUGUAUGCUGCAUGCCUUAUUAUGAAUAUUGCGUUACUGCGUCUAGUGCGAAGAAUAAAGAAAAUCGACAUAAAAACGAUUAUGAUAAUUCACAACAUUCGACAGAAGAUCUUCAUCGAUUUAUUCCAAUGAAAAUAUUAUCUCGAGAAGGUUCUGAAUCCUCUAUUGAACGAUCAACGAUAAAUCUCUCCCGUAUGUCAACUUUGAAAAAUGGAGCUGGGAAAUUUAAUCAUAAAACAUUAGGCAGCACAUCAGAAACAACUCCUCAGAGUCUAAAAGCGUUGAACGAUACACCAUCAUUUCGCACGGCGACAACAGUGACACCAAACCAGAGAGCAUUUGGUAAAAAAUCAGAUUUACUACCGAAAAAUUGGACAUCAACGCAGUCUGAUCAUUUUGCCGAUGCACUAGAUAGUCGAAUCAGUUUAUCUUCAACCGUUCAACCGUCAACUAGUCAACAGUCUAAAAUGUUAAGCGAUAAAGAUCGAGCCUCUAAUAUUGUGUUUUCGAUUAAUGGAAGUGAGGAGAGUCUGGAUGAACUCAAUCUAAUCGCUUUGCCUGAUCCAGAGUCUGAACUACCUUCCUUCUCGUCACAUCCAAGCGAGCGGAGUCCCGUCGAUUCUAUAUCAGAAGGAUCAACGAGAAUAUCCGACUUUAGAAGGCCAGAAAGAAAAGGGCAGUCAAAUGUAAAAAGUGAAAGUUUUGGUGUUAACAGAGACAUCUCGAUCAACAAUAUAAUCAGUGGUUAUCAUAAUGCAUUCAAAGGAAGGAAUACUAUUGAUGGAAAACAAUCUGAUACCAGCGGAAAAGCAUCACAAGUCAGAAAGAAAGAGUCCUUGCCCGGUCGACCGUUAACCUCGACUUCUGCACUAAAUGAUUCUAAAAAUGGUCGUUCUCGACGCACCACAAACGAAAAUAGCAUGAUAGUUAGUGAAAAAUCGACGCCGGUCACAUCAAAACAAUCAAAAACAGGAUUCAUUCAAGAUAGUACCUUGACACCCUCACUAAGCAAUGCGUAUACGUCUCGCGUUAAUUCAGCACGUUUUUCUGAACGUGAAUUGUCCUUACCUCAAUACGCACAUCACUCACAAAAACACAAUAGAGAAGAACAACAACAAGCACAGAACAUUCGCAACGAACUCUUAUUCGCUCUGGGAACAAAACAAAAGAUGAAUGAAACCACACUGGUACCAGAUAUCUCGGAUAUUUCACUGUUGAGUGUAGAAAGUCCACAAGAUAAGAAAAAACAAAAGUCAAAAUCAUCUUCUUACUCGUCAUUUGUCUCCCAUUAUUAUCCCGUAACAUCUGAGAACAUUCAAACAACUAAAAUAUCCAUAUGUAAUGAAAAAGAAGAACAAGAUAAUCAGAAUCGAAAUCAACAUAAAAGUAUUCAACCGUCGACGUUAUUGCAAAAUUUCGCUGAACAUGAUGCAACAAAAGCACAAAAUCAACAGCAGACGAAACUCUAUAUGAAAAUGAACCAUGUCGAAACAUCAAUGGGUUUAGAUGCUGAGGUUGUUAAGAAAAUAGCAGUAACAUCAAAAAAAAGAAAUAAUGAUAUUGAUCCAAAAGAUACACUUUUUAAAUAUUCAAAAAUUUAUAGUGCUGAAAAAUUGCAACGCCUUAGUAAUUCGAAUGAAAGUCUACCAAGUAGUAACUAUCUUUCGAAAUUGACACGUUGUUUUCGGCGUUUUAGAAAUUCUUCGUUAAUCAAAUAG